CAAAACCACGAGCAGAGAGUUCUGUUUCUUGUCCAAAAUUCAUGUGCCUCUUGUCGAAUUCAUUCCCUCUUCUUUGAUCUGUUUCCUUUUCUUUGUCCAAAUCUUGAAUCCUAAAAAUUAAACAAGAAUCGUCGCCAUGAAAGAGAAUUACAAGAAGACGAUGACUAAGCAGAUAACAACGAGGCGUGACGACACACCGUUACACACGGCGGUUAGAGAAGGCAAAACAGAGAUUCUCUUAGAGAUGAUCGGCGAACACGACGACGGAGCAGAGCUGAAAGAGUUGCUAGCCGAGCAAAACCAGUCAGGAGAAACAGCUCUGUACGUGGCGGCUGAGUUCGGACACACCGACAUGGUUAAGAUUCUGAUGAAACACUCCGACUCUGCCUUAGCCGGAACCAAAGCCAAAAACGGCUUCGACGCCUUUCACAUCGCCGCCAAAAACGGAAAUCUAAAGGUUCUUGAUGUGUUAAUGGAGGCAAACCCAGAGCUUUCAUUUACAUUUGAUUCAUCCAAAACGACAGCGCUUCAUACGGCUGCUUCUCAGGGUCAUGGAGAGAUAGUUUGUUUCUUGUUGGAGAAAGGUGUGGACUUAGCCGCUAUUGCGAGAAGUAACGGUAAAACCGCUUUGCACUCUGCUGCAAGGAAUGGGCAUACAGAGAUUGUUAAAGAGCUGAUUGCGAAGAAAGUUGGAAUGGUUACAAGAGUCGACAAGAAAGGUCAAACCGCACUUCAUAUGGCGGUUAAAGGACAGAACACUGAGAUCGUUGAUGCGUUGAUGAAAGCUAAUCCUUCGUUGAUUAAUGCAGAGGAUAAUAAAGGCAACACUCCUCUGCAUAUCGCAGUUCGUAAAAACAGAGUUGAGAUUGUUCAGACAGUUUUACAGUAUGAUGAAGUGAGUAGAGUGGCGGUUAAUAAAUCAGGAGAAACAUCUCUUGACAUAGCUGAGAAAACCGGCCUGCAUGAGAUUGUACCGCUUCUUCAGAAGAUCGGUAUGCAAAACGCAAGAUCCAUCAAGCCAGCUGCAAGGGUGGAACCAUCAGGCUCCUCUAAGAAACUGAAAGAAACAGUCAGCGAAAUAGGCCACGAGGUGCAUACUCAGCUCGAACAAACCGUGAGAACGAGAAGAGAGAUCCAAGGAAUCAGUAAACGUGUCAACAAAAUGCACACUGAAGGACUCAACAACGCCAUAAACUCCACAACCGUUGUAGCCAUUCUCAUAGCAACAGUUGCUUUUGGAGCCAUCUUCAACGUUCCAGGCCAGUACACGGACGAUCCUAAAAACGUUCCUUCAGGGUUUACACUAGGAGAAGCGAGAGCAGCUUCGAGACCAGAGUUCUUGAUCUUUGUAGUGUUUGAUUCUUUCGCGCUGUUCAUCUCUUUAGCUGUGGUUGUGGUUCAGACAUCAGUGGUGGUUAUAGAGAGGAAAGCUAAGAAGCAAAUGAUGGCGAUAAUCAACAAGCUGAUGUGGAUGGCUUGCAUUAUGAUCUCAGUGGCGUUCUUGUCACUGUCUUUUGUCGUUGUGGGGGAUAAGGAGAGGCCAUUAGCGAUUGGUAUAACAGCUAUUGGUGCAUUGAUCAUGGUUUCAACGCUUGGGACUAUGUGUUAUUGGGUGGUUGCUAAUAGGAUUGAAGGGUCUAAGUCGUCUCCAGCUUCAAUGAUGUCAGAUGCUGAGUUAGUUGAUCACAAGCAUAACCGGAAGCUUUAUGCGGUUUGAUUGAAGUGAAUGCAAGAGCAGUUAUCAAGAACAGAGAGAUUUUUGUAUCCAGUAAUAAAAAGAGAUCUCUUUGUUUGUGCAGAUUCUGUAUAUGUAAGGAAAUGGAAAAAAUAGUAUAUACCAUUGUAUAAGCUUUUUUACAUGAACAUUACGUUGCAAGUAACAAAAAAAUGUAAUGGAUUACUUAUCAGCUGGGUCUGGCUUUGUAUAACCUAGGCUACACAACUAACUCUUCUAAGGUAAUCAAGGGCCUUCAGAG